GGUUCUCUCCAGGUUCUCCUGUUUGCUGUUUUCCUCCUGCUCUAUCUCAUUAGUGUCAUUUUGAAUUCACUGCUCAUUUCUAUUAUACACCAAAACAAGGAGCUGCAUCAGCCUAUGAAUGUGUUCACAUGCAUGUUAUCCCUCAAUGAAAUAUACGGCACCACUGCUAUGUUACCUGCAAUUAUGGCCGUGCUCAUGUCUGAGACACAUGAAGAGAUCUAG